GUCCCCGAUCCCUGAUGUCACAGGGCGGCUUGCUGGGAGGUGCAGGAACACCGGCAGCUCCGCUCCGCUGGCACCGCCAGAUGAAGCUCUCGGGGCACUCAAGAUCGCCCUCCCCCUGACAGCUCGACCAUGUCGACGCACUGUUACUUUGCGACAGAGAACCUGAGGCACAUAGAGAGGCAGAUGAGGAUGAUGGACCUGCGCCUGCAGCUGCUCCGUGAGAAGCUGUGUGCAGUCCGCCUGCACAGGUGCGCCCUUUCCUGCUCCUGCCCGCCCCAUCCCUGCCUCCGGAGAAGGUGCAUCUCAGCAAGUGAGAGAAGGAAAAGACUUGGCAUGAUGUUGAACUCAUGCUCUGGUAAAAAUUUGGCUUUGAUCAAUGUGAAGGGGUUUGACCCCAGGGACAUCACGGUAACGGUGAAGGACGGGAAGGUGACCGUGUCAGCAGAGCGCAAGGUGGAGAGCAGCACCGGCUUCACAAAGACAUGGAACUACAAAAGACUCGUAAAGGAAUUCUGCCUGCCGCCAGGGGUGGAUGACAAGGAGGUGACCUACUCAGUGGAAUCCAAGUGCCCCAGGGAGCCAGCCAAGUGCUGCCUUUCUCCCUGCAAAUACUGAACCGCAGCAGGAAGCCAAACCAGCCACAGCCAUUCUUCUGCCUCACUCCUUCUCUCCAUCACAUUUAGAUCUGUCCCAAUGACGGUGUGUCAGCAGCUUCUCUUACUUCUGCCAUUAAAGAAAACAGCAUUCUGA